AUGCUCCCUAUCGAUCUUGUCAAUGCGAUAUCUACGAACUUUUCGAUUUAUAUUGGUCUGUCAAUUCUCAUUGCUGGUUUGAUUGGUAAUUGUUUGAACAUUCUUGUUUUCCUCAGUUUGAAAACUUUUCGCGAAAAUUCUUGUGCGUUUUAUCUAACUGCCAUGUCGUUUCUCAAUAUCGGACAAUUAUUGACAAGUUUACUUCCUCGAAUCAUGAACCUCUGGUUUGCUAUUGAUUGGUCAUUAUUAUCAAUCGUCUAUUGUAAAAUUCGUAUAUACCUUUUUCAAUUAUGUGCAUUGAGUUCGUUUACAUGCACGAGUUUAGCAACAAUCGAUCAAUUUUUAGCUACAUGUUCACAUCCUCGUUGGCAUAAGUUUAACAAUAUUAAAAUAGCUUAUCGUUCAUUUAUAUUUCUCAUUCUUAUUUGGAUGUGUCAUGGAAUUCCGUUAUUAGUUUAUCAAGAUCAUUUUCUCGCAUUAUCAACAGGAGAAAUUACGUGCGCAAUAACCAAUAACUUCUAUCAGAAUUAUGUUACUUAUGGAUUUAAUUUAACAUUAGUUAGCAGUUUACCACUUUCGGUAACGACAAUCUUUGGUUUACUAGCUUAUCGUAAUGUAACACAGAUCGCUUAUCGUACAGUUCCACUUGUCCGACGGGAAUUAGACAAACAAUUGACAGUCAUGGUUUUACUUCAAGUUUUUUGCAAUUUUUUCAUCAUUGUACCUUAUAUCAUUGUCACUGCUAUUUUUGUGACUGUUACUUAUAGCAAAGACUCAUACAGAUAUGCGCAACUGCAAUUAGCAAGGAGUAUUACGAUUACGGAUUUUUAUUUAUAUUUUACGAUGCCGUUUUAUAUAUAUAUCAGUAUUUCGGAACGAUUUCGUAAACAAUUUCUACAUGUAUUCUUUGGAAUCUAUUCGGCACAUCGACGACGACGAAGACGGAUGACGAUCAAUCCAUUCUCACCAUCCAACUGA